GCCGUGGGCUUAUGCGUCUGCCUCUUUUGCUUGCUCCUGGGCGAGGCUGCCACUGCCCGGCACUACGCGAAGGUGCACGGGAAUCUGAUGACGGCCCUGCAGAAGCGGAAGACCACGGCCUUCCGCUUUGGCUUGUGGAAGGUGGGGAAGGUCAUCCUCACCAUCAGCCCCAUCGUUGCAUUGCGGGAGUAUGUCGCUGGCCUCCUCGAACUUGCCUGGCGCGAGUCUCUGACGAGACGGUUGGUUAGCAGAUACCUUUCAGAUGGCACUGCAUCGAAGCGCCAGUCCUUCUACAGCCUUACACUGACGGGUGAAAUCGACAAUCCGGACCAGCGAAUAUGCCAAGAUGUCGGGAGCUUCGUGAACACCGCGGUGUCACUGUCGCAAGACGUGGUGAGGACCGUUCUGAGUGUCUUAGCCUUCGCUCCGACUCUGUAUGCCAUUUCUCCAACGGCAUGCUUCGGUGGCAUGGCCUAUGCGAUCCUUGGGACACUGCUUGCAACACGAGGUUUUGGUGCUUGGCUCGGGCUGUACCAGAUGAGAUGCGUCCAGCAGGAAGCUGGUCUUCGAUACAAGCUGAUCCGAGCGCGGGAGAACGCAGAAUCCAUCGCAUUCUUCGAGGGUGGGGAGGCCGAGCUCUCGAAGUUCAACGCAGCGUUUACCACCCUGCUCGAGACAGCAUACCAGCGAGUCCUGGUCGCGGCUGGCUAUGGCAUGCUGAAUCGGAAUUUUCAGUGGGCGACCUUCGUGGUCACACCCGUCCUGGUCGGCCCUGCGUACCUUAAGGGGAAGGUCGAGUUCGGCGUCAUUGCACAGACGAGCAUGGCCUUUAACACCAUCCUGAACGCGAUGACGCUGGUAAUGCAUCGUCUCGAGGCGCUCAGCGAUGUGUCUGUCCGAGUCCAACGGCUCCAUCGCCUCGACCUCGCCCUCCGAGACUGCCAGGCCGAGCGGGCUGCAUGCAGAAGGCCAGGAGUGCGCGGGCAGCAGUGCAUCCACUCGGACACCACGGAAGACGGUCCCGUGCGUGUGCGCUUCCACGAUGUGACGCUAAAGACGCCGCUGCGGGCAGAUGCCGUGCCGCGGGUGCUUUGCAGCCGCUUAAGUUUCGAGCUCUUGGACGGGCAGUCUCUCCUUGUCACAGGUGAGAGCGGUAUUGGCAAGAGCUCACUUCUCCGCGCAGCUGCCGGGCUUUGGACCAACGGCUCAGGCACCAUACAGCUUUGUAACAGGAGUCAUGUAUUCUUUAUGCCGCAGAAGCCCUACAUGUUCCUAGGCUCUCUGCGCAGCCAGUUGCUCUACCCGCGCAUUGACGAUGGCUUGCUCAGCGACAGUGAGCUUGCAGAGGCAUUGAAGCGUGUUCGUUUGGGUGACCUGCUUGAUCGGCACAACCUUAACGAAACCAAAGACUGGACCAGCAUUCUGUCGUUGGGCCAGCAGCAGCGCAUCAACUUUGCCCGGCUCCUGUUGAUGCCGCAGUCUGAGCUCGCUCUGAUGGACGAGUGCACCUCAGCUUGUGAUGUGCAGAGCGAGUCCCUUCUCUACCAACACCUGCAGAAGCAACUGGGCAGCUAUGUGUCCGUGGGGCACCGUCCAGCCUUGCGGAAGUUCCACAGCCAUGUUCUGUGGCUUCGCCACGUGGAAGGUGACCGGCAGGCGCGUGCAGAGGGCCUCUUCCUGCCGAUGUCUGAGUUCGAGUCCCGCGUCGCCUCGUGA